AUGGACACGCCAAAGGAUGGCUCGAAGAAGGAGAAACCCCCGAAGCCGCCGAAGCUUCUCCAAGAGAUAGCACCCUUGCCGAAGCAGAAGGUGAACAAGGCCUCUGUUGCAGCGAUGCGUCAAGUGCUUGACGAUCAGCUGGAGGAGAUGAACGGCAUUUUCAUCCUGCAUGCACAGAAGAUCAAGCGCAUGCUCGACUUGCAGGAGCAGGCUGAAAAAAUGAGAGAUUUAGAGCUACAGGAGCUGCGAAACGAGCUGGUGGCAGCAAAAGGGCCGAAAAAGGCCAACGGCCCCUCGCAGCUGGAGCACUGUAAGAAGCUCUUAGUGGAGCGUGACACUGCUUGCCGUUUGGCGGAGGCCGAAAAUUUUCAGCUUCGUGAGCAGCUUGCGGCCAUGCGUGCUCUUGGAAACCAGACGCUGAUCAUGAAGACCGGAAACCCUGGCACCAACGCAAGUACCGUUUCGGGACCUGUGGUCACUGGGGUUAGCAGCCCCAUGCCCAUUUCGGCAGGCCCCACCCCUCUAGCUGCCAACGGUGUUUCGGUGGGCUUGGGAGGUUUUGCAGGCGCAGGCACCCUGCUGGGCCCGGCCCCAGCGCCUGCCACACCCAUGGUCGCAGCACCUCUCCAUGCACCAGAGGUGCUGAAUCGCCUGGAGCGCGCGCAGACCGUGUUGGAGACGUGGGCCAGCACCCACCACCCCCAGCUGGGCAUCCGAAAGCCAGUCGGGCAGGACGACGAGGACGAGACCUCCUCCGAUUCGGACGUUGACCUGCCCGGUGCCGUGAGGGGUGGGCGCCGCAAGUUCAGAGGUGACAUGAGGGUGAGCCAGCGGCAGCCAGAGCAGUCUGAGAAUGAGGAGGAGGAGGUGGUCGACCCCAAAGCCGAGUAUCUGAAAGAAAGCCAAAAGCAGAGAAAGAAGAAGAUGUUGAACAGCAAGCUAAGAGCUCUCGACAUGAAAACUCGAAUGCGAGAUGCAUUUGCCGAGCCUUCUUACAUUGCCACCGAGCACUAUCACACCACAGGCUGUGCUCAACAGCUGGCUCGUUCGCCAUAUUUUGAGCACACGACCAUGACCAUCAUCUUGCUCAACUCUGUUUGGAUAGGCAUCGAAUCAACCAUCAAUGAAAGCGCAUUGUUGAUCAACGCUGAUCCAGGAAUUAUUGUCGUUGAGAACAUGUUGUGCAUAGCCUUCAGCUUUGAAAUCAUUGUCCGCUUCUUUGCCUUCAAGUCCAAGCUCCGUGCGCUCCGCGACUUCUGGUUCAUUUACGACUUCUUCCUAGCCUUCUUCAUGGUUCUGGAGACUUGGGUAUUCUUCGUGAUUCUCUCUGCGACCGGCGGGGACUUGGUUUUGUUCGACUCCUCGAUCAUGCGGAUGUUGCGACUGCUCCGGCUGACCCGAGUUGCAAGGAUCGCGCGGAUGCUCCGAUUUCUGCCAGAGGUCAUGAUCCUAGUCCGUGCCAUCGGAGCAGCGCUUCGAUCCGUGAUCCUCACUGUGAUCUUGGGACUUAUGAUCGUCUACAUCUUCGCGAUUGCUCUUUCACAGAUUGCAGUGGGCACAGAUGCAGGCACCAGCUACUACAGCACCCUUCCGGCGGCCAUGUUCAGCCUGAUCUUUCACGGUUGCUUCAACAAUGAUCUGGCUUCCAUGGCGCGGAUGUCCUUCCAGGAUGACAUCAUCGUCGGGAGCCUCUUUGCAGUCUUCAUACUCAUCGCCCCGCUGACGAUCAUGAACCUGCUCCUGGGUGUGUUGGUUGAGGUAGUUCGAGUAGUAGCUACUGCAGAACAGGAGGGCCGUGUCGUUCGGAACUUAAAGGAGGAGCUCCACUGGGCAAAGCAAUCCCUGGGCACGGAGGGUGACACGAUCACUCAGGAGGAGUUCAUCCUUUUGCUCCAGAACGAUCAGGCCAUCGGUGUGCUUCAGGACGUCGGCGUCGACCUCAUUGCCUUGGUGAAAGACCCGAACAUCAUCUUCGACGGAGUCUACUGCAGGAUCGAGACGACGGUGGAGGCGGUCGUUCUGCUCGUGCUCGAGCCGGUGCUGAAAGGUUUGCCCUCACUCGGCAUCCCUUCGGCCCGUGUGGAAGCACGUCGUGCAGUCGGAGAGCACGGCACGGCCGCUGCAGCCGUGGCAGCCUUGCUCGCCCAGGCAGAGAAGGAUGAUGGGGAGUGCGGAAUGUCCCAGCGCGUUCUUCGCAAGGUUUCGGAGUUGCUGGUGAUGCGGUUCUUGCCGGUGGUGGGCGCAGGGGCUUUCCUGAGCUACACCAUCUAUGUUCGCCUUCGGCUGGCUGCGUUGGUUGCGGAGAUGUUUGGCCAUGACGCAGAGGAUCCCGAUGUCCAGGGCCUUCUCUUCUUCUGCGUGCUGCCGGGUGGCAAUGGGCCCGAGGAGGCCCCAAGCGCAGAUCCAGGCACGCCGGGCAGUGCGGACGAUGCUUUCGUUGGCCCUGCCGCCGGUGACUCCGCGGGCGGCAAAACGCCGAGCACCGCCGUGCGAGCGGCCAAGGGCCUCGGUCAUGGCCUGGCGCGGCAGGUGGUGCAGCGAUCCACCGGUUGGCGGAGCGCUGCCGAUCUCUACGAUUUGGCGGCCGCGAUCUGUUCUGAGCGUUCCGCAACUGACGGUCAGGACGCAGAAGGACCUCUGGUGGCAACAGUCCGCAGGGCAGCCCUGCUUUUUCAGCCCUCCAGAGCCUCCGAGUCUGCACAUCCGGCCCUCCUGGGGUUGCUGGGCCUUGGGGCUGCGGCCCCAACACUGCUGGCCGCGGCCUUCCAACUCCUGCAGCUUUCCUCGCCGCUGCUGGGUGGCCUCGCAGCUCCCCUGCUCCUCGCAGUCCUGGCGAUCCUCGUGGCUGUGGUCGUCGUGCUGCGUUGGCAGCUCUUGGACGCCUUCUCCGAGCAGCCCGAGUUGGUGACUUCUUCGGUGUUUCUCGUGCAGGCCUUGCUACCGCUCUUUUCCGCCUUUGCUGCCACGCGCCUGCUUGUGGAGGGGCUUCUCAGGAAACCCAUGGCCAGCUCUGGCAUCGAGGAGGGUGGUGGGAUCUUGUUCUUGCUACUCGGAGGUUGGGCGUGCUUGAGACUCUGGCAGCGUAUGCAGGCGCCGGAAGGCUCGGAAACCGCACGCGGGCAGGCAACUCUGGAACAGCGGGCAGUGCUGGUGGUGAUCGUGGCGCUAGGCGCCACGGACUUCUUGGGUCAGGAAGGCAGGGCUCUGCACGGCCUCCCCUCCUUCGGGGCGCUCCGUUCCCGGCACUGGUUGCUCGGCUUGCUGCAGGCACAGGCGCUGGAGUGUCAGCUCUACCUGUCCACGCUCCUCAGAAACCGCCAAGUUCUGCUGAGGUUGCUGGGAGCCACUCGGAUGAUGAGCCUCUGUGUUACGCUCUUCCUGGCUGGCAUCACGGCCUCGGUGGGCUUCCUGGUCUCGCGGAGCGAGUUCCUGCGCUUUGUGGAUGGCCUAGCUCCUCCGCCACGGCUAACUGCCGUCUGCCUGGCACUCCGCCGAGAAAACGGAUCUUGUGCCAUGGUCCUGGGUGCUUCAGCAGGUCUUCUUUGGCAGCUCCCACCAGGUCUGGCCCUCAUCACCAAGACUGGCGGCAUAGUGUUGGGAGCAGCUGCAGGUGGCUUUGUCUGGGCGACUUAUGAGGAGUAUCGCGAGGUUCUGGAGGAGCCAUCGGGAGGGCGGUGGCUGCUGCUCCUCCCAGAGACAUCCGAGAACGCCAAGGUGCAGGUGUCCUGGAUGGCAGAGAAGUGCCGAGUCAUCACCGAUAAAGCGCUCGAGGCCGCCCUUGAGAUGCACAGCACCGAAGGUGAGGGCUACGAGCUACACCAGGGGCUACAGGUGCUCUCUGAUGAGUCCAGCUCCCCACGAUUCAAUGGCCGCCCUAGCCAAUCGUCGACGUUGGAGUUCCGUGCAGGAGGGGGUCAGAGACAGCGUGGGCCAACCUGGGUGGAGGUCUGGGCGUUUUUCGGCCUGGUCUUUUCUUGUCUGGAGGCUGUGAAAGUGCCGCUCUUGGCUUUCCCAGGCAAUGAGCUGUCCUCGCUGGACGUACUCUCGGUCGUGUUUUGGUUCCUGAACCUGGUUGCCACCUCUGGUGUGUCCCAGACUGGCCUGACUGUUGGCCGGCUCGCAUGGUUUCUGCUGGAAGUCUUUCUGCUGGUGGCAGUCAUCUUUCAUUACCAAGGGGACGAUCGUCCCGAUGCUGCCAUUGCAUUGCGGAGUCUUACGAUCCUGCGCCUUACGUACAUUCCAGGCUUGUGGCAGAGGCUUGCCGCCACGCGGCUUCGCAAAUUUCUCCGUCAUGCAGGACGGGAGGUCAAGCUGCUGCUGAACCUGCUAUCAGCGAUAAUGGGCUGCACGCUCUUGCUUCACUGGUUGGCCUGUCUUUGGUUCUUUGUGGGCGACCGUGUCGGUGGAUGGGUUCACGAAGAGUCCUUGCAGAACCGUCCCAGGAUGGAGCAGUACAUGGUUGCCAUGGAAUUUACUAUGGCACGCCUGCCCCCCUCGCGGAUGACAGAAAACAUGCUGCUGACAACGCAGUUGGAGCGAGGACUUUCAGUCAUUGCCACCGGGCUAGCUUUGGUCUUGGCAUCGAUUUUCACAUCCAUUGUGACCAACGAUAUUUCGGAUAUCCGUCGUGUCCACAGCGUGCAGCAGGAGGCAGAAAAGCAGGUCGCCGACUACAUCAGGACCUACCCUGUGUCAACGAAGCUGGAAGUCGAGCUGAAAGCGUAUCUCCAGCGCCGGAAGACUCUUGUCCACCCACCCGGCAAGAACGAGAUGGCAACUCUGCUCCCAGAUUUCCUCUAUCGGGAGCUCUGCCGGGAAGCGUGGUCCCCGCUCCUUGCGAAGCAUGACUUCCUCCUUGGGCUCCAAAUGCGCUACGCGGCCUUCUACACCGAAGUGUGCGUGGAGUGCAUCAGCGACUGGAACGUCGCACCCCAGGAGGUUCUGUUCUCCUUUGGGCGAAAAUGUUCGGCCAUGCUCUUCGUGGCAAGCGGAGAGGUGUUCUACA